UCCUGCUGCUCCUGCUUGGCUCCACCCCAUGACUCUCUCCAGGUGCAAGUGAUAUUCCCAAAUGUCCGGGUGGGUCAGAGUGGGAAGUAGCUGAGCCUAGAAAGCCAGCCGAGGUUGGACCGGGUGCAGAGGCCAAAGGAUGGGCGACUCACAGGACCGGCUGCAGGAACGCACGAGACAACUGCUGACUGACUACAUAUUCUUCUGCGCACGGAUGCCGGGCACCCCGGAGCCACCACCCACAUCUGUCGAGGCGGCCUUGCUUCGCUCUUUGACUAGGCAGAUCCAGCAGGAGCACCGGGAUGUUUUUACCUCUUUCCGAGAACGUCGGGGCAACCGCCUGGAGCUGGUGAAACAGAUGGCAGAUAAGUUGCUCACCAAAGACCAAGAUUUCAACUGGGGCCAACUGGUGAUGCUCCUGGCCUACGCAGGGACGCUUAUGAAUCAAGACCCUGACAGGGCUGUCAAGCAGAAUGGGGAUCUGGGGAAUCGUAUCCUAGUGUACCGAGACUGCUGUCUCAUAGUGAACUUUCUGUAUAGUCUGCUCAUGGGACGACGACGGCACCGCUCCAGGCUGGAGGCUCUCGGCGGCUGGGAUGGCUUUUGCCGCUUCUUCGAGAACCCUUUACCGAUCGGCUUCUGGAGAAGAUUGCUGAUCCAGGCUUUUCUGUCGGGCUUCUUCGCAACAGCCAUCUUUUUUAUCUGGAAACGUUUAUAAGUUUUACAUUUUUAAAGCAAUCUUACCUGCCUAACUCUGAACCCCCUCUAAGGGACAAUUCUGGGUAAUUGGAUAAGAACUGAGGAAGUCCUCCUGCCUAGAGACAUUUCUACCUGCAUGCUACAUGGACUUCUGGGUUUGUGAUGGGGGCCAGCAUUUGAAAGGGGCCCAAGUAGCUCUUCGCCCGCGAAGUAAGGAAAUGGUCCCCAUCAAUCCAGAGAAUGUCAGAAAAACGCUACAUACACACUUACUAGAUGUGCAGCUGUCUGAAUUUGGCUGCAAGUGCAUCAGAGCCUCUCCCAUCUGUUCUGGGGUUCUUGAGCUGCUGUUAAGUAGCCAGGGUUCCAGGGCAGGGGAUCCUAAAGCCCAGAGAAAUGAGGGAUGCAAUAGGAAACGGGAAGGAAUCCUUUGAAACCUAAAUCCUUCUGUGCCUAAUUCUCAGGACUUCUGAAUUUAUAAUGCUCCCCCUAAUACAUUUUUAAUAACUUCAAAUUCUUAAUAAAUGCAUACAUUUUAAAAA